GAUACAAUGUCUACCUGCUAGCAAACUUAUGUACUUUUAAAUGUUUUACGGUGUAACAGUUACUUGCAUGUGUCCCUGUGCCUCCACGUAAUCAUAGAUGUGGGAAGGACCUUUUUGAAGGCAACCUGUGAUGUCAGAGGUUGGAGGCAAGAUUAUGUUAAUCAGGUGGUAAGAAGAGGGCAUAAACGCAAAUAAUAUGAAGACUUUUUUUGCAGCCCUGGUAUUGGCUGUCUUCUCAUCAGCUGUAGCAAGAGGUAGGACUCAUUUUAAACGGUAUCAAUCCUGGAAUUCACGGAUGUACCCUGUGUGGGAUGAUGGAGACUCUCGGUAUAAAGACUGUUGGACAGGUGGAGAGGUGACAUUUGAUAUCCGAAACGACUCACCCACCCUCACUGGUGCCAAGAUCACAUUCAACAUCGAUCUCCGUUUCCCACAAAAUCAAACCGUGCUUCCUGAUGGACAAGUUGUGUGGGCUCAGAACUGUACAGUAAAUGGUACACGGUACCAUCAGGGGCAGGCUGUAUAUGCUGAGCACAAUGGCACCCAUGAAUGGAAUGGAGUCUUUCCAGAUGGCACUCCUUUCACAAAGAUUUCCGAAAGGAAGCCCCACUAUGUGUUUGUCUGGAAGGCUUGGGGGCGUUACUGGCAAGUAGCAGAUGGCCCUUCCUCUUCAUUGACUAUUGGGACAGACAACAUUUCCCUGGGCUCAUACGCCAUGGAGGUGGUUAUUUAUCACUACCGUGGAAAGGACAAGUUCAUUCCUCUAGGUUAUGCCUACACUCAGUUUUCAAUCACAGAUCUAAUUCCAUUCACAGUGUCAGUGUCACAAAUGAAUGAUGUCAACGCAGCUGAUGAGAACUUCAUUCAGAACAGAGCCAUUGCUUUCAGCAUCAGCUUACACGAUCCCAGUCAAUACCUAAAGGACUCCGACAUCAUAUUUAACUGGGACUUUGGCGACAACAGUGGCACACUGAUCUCUAGGGAGCUCAGUGUCACUCACACAUACAUCUCACCUGGCUCCUUCAGACCACGGGUGGUUCUCCAGGCUUCCAUUCCCAAUCCUGGAUGUACUACUCCAGCUGAUCCCCCAACCCCUGUUAACCCCAGUGCUGACCCCGCCACCUCCCAGCCACCUGUACCUCCAGCAGGGCUGAGCACUGCUGGAGGAGCUGCUGUGAACGCCCCUGCCCUUGCUCCAACACAGCAGGCUAGCAACAUUGUGUUAGCUGGGUCGGACGAAAUUGCCUUGGCUGUAUCAGCACAACCUGCUGCAGAGGUGGAGGGAGAUGUCACAGCUUCACUGACACCAGAAGCGGAGAACUUUGCAGUUCCAGCUGCUGCCGAUGCUGCUGCUGCUCCAGCUGUGGAGGAAAUUGUGGUUGCUUCAUCCCCUGCUGCUGCACAAGACCCAAUCCUGGCUGAUGCAGGUGUGGCUGAUACAGCUGGUGCUGAGGUUCUCACUGUCAGUGCUGCUGCUUCAGCCAUUCCAGCCAAUGUGGACCUGAUCGACUCAGUACCUGUAGCUGAUGCAACAAACACUGUGGGUCCCGUGGAUGCAUUUGCCAUAACAAUUCCUGCUGAAACACCUGCAGAGGUUCCCCAGGCUGAUGUUGCAGCUCCAGCAGACCCAGUCACUCCUGCUGCUUCAGUCUCAGCUGCUGUAGUGGUGGUGGCCUCAGUCACACCUCCAGCAGUGGCUCAGGCUGUGGAGUUAGACGUUGAGGCAGAAGAGGCAGCAGCAGCAGCAGGGAUGGCUACCAGUGUAGAAGCACCAAUAGAGAGUGCAGCAGCCCAAGUGCCUGUGGUAGUGGCCAAACGACAGGCUCCUGAAUUGCCUGCGGAUGGCUGUAUCAUUUAUCGCUACGGCUCCUUCUCUGUCGACGUAAACAUAAUCCAGGGCAUUGAAAGUGUGGAGAUUGUGCAGGUCUCCAAUGUCAUGCCGAUGAACGAGAUACAGCAGAAUGCUGUAGAUCUCACGGUAACAUGCCGAGGGAGCCUGCCAAAUGAGGUCUGCACUGUGGUUUCGGAUGCGGAUUGUGCUACACCUGUGCAGACAGCAUGCAAUGCAGUGAUGCCCUCUCCAGAGUGCCAGCUAAUCCUUCGCCAGUUUUUCAAUGACUCGGGUGUCUUCUGCAUCAAUGUGUCCAUGGCUAACAAUUUCAGCCUGGCUGUGACCAGUGCUAGAGUCAGUGUGACUCUAGGUUCUAGUUCUACUACAGCUGGCACUGUGGUGAUUGUGCUGGGGGUCAUGGUCCUGGCCUGUGCCGUAGGUGCAGUAGCCUUCAGCUACAGGCGCUUCAAGGAGUACCACCCACUGAGGGAAGACUCUUUGGGAAGCCCUGGAAGGACCCCUGUAUCUGUGCUGCUGUGGAACUUCCUGAGUCGACACACAGCUGGAGAAAGUCGUCCUCUUCUUCAGGGCAGAGUGGUGUAGGCUGGAACUCAAUGUUCAUGCAUACCUACAAUGUACACAUAAGCACACACACAAAACAUGGUCCUAAUCUGAAAACAUUUUCAACAAAAAAGGUUAAUAAAGGCUGACUGGAAUUGAAUAAAUCACAUACACAUUGUCUGAAACCACAUGUCUAGAGCAGGGUCGCAGCGAACCAGAGCCUAACCU